ACCGCCGGCGAGUCGCUGCGCCGCCCGCGCGCACUUGCGGCGAUGCCUCGUCGCCAUCGGCCAGCGCUGGGCGCCGGCGCGCUGCCGCUGCCGCCGCUCGACGGCGGGUAGCGCCAGCUGCGCAACGCAUCCACCCCUGAGUGGAUGCAUCCGACCUCAUCAAGCACAGCGCAGUGCCGUGGCGCUCACGACACGCGCCCUGCGCGUCGUCGCGCGGCGCUCGGCACCGACGCGCCCGCGCCAGCGCCUCUGCGCCUCGGCUGGCGCGACCAAACCGAUGCAUCCACCUCUGCACGCAUGCUCCUGACCUCGCUCGUCACGCACAUGUCCGUGUCGCCGCGCUCGCGGCUCGCGCCACGUCGUCGUCGUCGUCGGACAGGACCAGCGCCCAACGCGCGCACGGUGCCGCCUCUGAGCGUCGACUCGACUGGCGAUAGCAGAGCGAGGCAUCCACCCACGAGUGGAUGCGCCCGACCUCGCUCGUCACGUACAAGUCGAGGUCGCAGCGCUCGCCUCGCGCGUCACGUCGUCGGCAUCGCGGUGUCCGCCGACGCGCCUCUUCAAUGCCAUGGCUGCUCCGAGCCUGUGCUCUACAGCGUCGGCUGCUCUACGGUCCAAGCCUGGCGCUCGCGGAGGCGCUGUGCGACUUCUCUCUCGCCCGCUCGCGGCUCGCCGCUCGAGCUCCUCCUUUCCUUCUCCCUCCUCUCUGCCUCCUCUUCUCUCUUCCACAGUCAUCGCUAUCCACAGCGUACACUUAGGUGCUCUUCAACUGCAGCGCAAAGACUGCCUCGCUGCGCCAAGAGUGCUUCACCCUGUGUGACUGAGAGCUGCAAGUGAGCCGCCGCAGAGACGCGCAAGCGCAGCGGCCAGAUUGCGCCGCUCUCGAGCAGCCGAGCGCACCGCCCGCCGUCGCCUCGCGCGGCCUCGCCUCGGGCGCCGGAGCUGAGCACCGCAGACCUUCAAGCUUCUUCGCCUCCAGUCUUCUCUCCUCUUGUCUCUGCAGCAGCCGCAGCAGCAACGAGAGCAGCGCAGUGACGCCAGCCUCGAGCAGCAAGAGGGCAGCUCGCCGCGACCCGCCUCGACGUGUGCGCACGCGCAACUGCGCCGCACCGUCGUCACCCCCUCCAUCUUUCCGAGAUGUGUGGUGCUGGCAUGCACGCUGCUUCUUCG